AUGUUUUUCUCUGGUGGGCAGUGUGGUCAUGUUGGCAGACCUGAAGAAGUUUUACUGACAUUCAAGAUAUUCCUUGUCAUCAUUUGUCUUCAUGUUGUUCUGGUUACAUCCCUGGAAGAAAAUGCUGAUAAUUCCAGUUUGUUAUCACCAUCUGCUGAAUCAUCUCUUGUCAGUUUUGUCCCCUACUCCAAUGGUACUCCAGUGGCUGAAACUACAAGCCUCAAUGAUGCUACUUCCAGUGUAUUGUCUACAUUAAACAAGACAGAAAAAACUAAAAUCACUAUAGUAAAAACCUUCAAUGCAUCAGGAGUCAAAUCCCAGAGAAAUAUCUGCAAUUUGACAUCUAUUUGCAAUGAUUCAGUGUUUUUUAGAGGUGAGAUAAUGUUUCAAUAUGAUGAAGAACACAACAUUACCCAGAAUCAAGAUGUAACUAAUGGCACCUACUCUGGAGUGCUGUCUCUAAGUGAAUUGAAACGAUCAGAGCUCAACAAAACCCUACAAACCUUAAGUGAGACUUAUUUUAUAGUGUGUGCUACAGCAGAGGCCCAAAGCACAUUAAAUUGUACAUUCACAAUAAAACUGAAUAAGACAAUGAAUGUGUGUGCUAUAAUGGUUGCUUUGAAAAGAGUACAUAUUCGACCAAUGGAAGAGUGCUGCUGUUCUGUCAGGACACCUUGCCCCUCUUCACCAGAAGAGUUAGAAAAACUGCAGUGUGAUCUGCAGGAUCCCAUUGUCUGUCUUGCUGAAUAUCCACAUGGCCCACCAUUUUCUUCUGCCAGCAAACCCAUCCCAGUUGCUCCUCAGACCACCAUCUUUUCCCAGAUAUCCAGUGCCUUCUCUUUUGCUGAAUCCCUUAAUCAUCCCCCUGUGACCCAGAACACUCCCUCUCUGACACAGAAGAAUCAUUUUUCUCUUCCCCAGCCUUCAGCUCCCAUAGCUUCCAGCCCUGCCAUCAAUAUGCCCACCCAAUCUGGAACUCUCUCUUCCCCUCUGCCCCAAACCAAUCCUUCCCAUACCCCACCACCUGUGAAGUCCUCACUUCCCUCUCCCACCACACCUGCUCCAUCUGCAUCUUCAAAUGACAUCAGCAUCAGCACACCUCCUGUCAAAACAGAAAUUUUCAACACCAGCAGUGUUUCUGAUCUUGAGAACCAAGUGUCCCAGAUGGAGAAGACUCUGUCCUUUGGCAGCUUGGAGCCUAACCUUGCAGGCGAAAUGAUAAACAAAGUCAGCAAACUCCUUCAUUCUCCUCCCGCCUUGCUGGCCCCUCUGGCUCAAAGGUUGCUAAAAGUUGUAGAUGACAUUGGCUUACAGCUGAAUUUUUCAAACAAGACCAUAAGUCUAACCUCCCCUUCUUUGGCUCUGGCUGUGAUCAGAGUAAAUGCCAGUAAUUUCAACACAACUACCUUUGCGGCCCAAGACCCUGCAAAUCUGCAGGUUUCUCUGGAAACUCAAGCUCCUGACAAUAGUAUCGGCAUUAUUACUCUGCCUUCGUCGUUGAUGAGUAAUUUGCCAGCUAAUGAUGUGGAGCUAGCUUCCAGGAUUCAGUUCAAUUUUUUUGAAACACCUGCCCUGUUUCAGGACCCUUCUCUGGAGAACCUUUCUCUGAUCAGCUAUGUCAUAUCAUCAAGUGUUGCAAACCUGACUGUCAAGAACUUGACAAGAAAUGUGACAGUCACACUGAAGCACACAGAUCCAAGCCAGGAUGACUUAACAGUGAAAUGUGUAUUUUGGGACUUGGGCAGAAAUGGUGGCAGAGGAGGCUGGUCAUCCGAUGGCUGCUCGGUCAAAGAAAGGAAGCUGAAUGAAACCAUCUGUACCUGUAGCCACCUUACCAGCUUUGGGGUCCUAUUGGACCUAUCUCGGACAUCCUUACCGCCUGGUCAAAUGAUGGCUCUGACAUUUAUAACAUAUAUUGGUUGUGGGCUUUCAUCAAUUUUUCUGUCAAUUACUCUUGUAACCUACAUAGCCUUUGAAAAGAUCCGGAGGGAUUACCCUUCCAAAAUCCUCAUCCAGCUAUGUACUGCUCUGCUCCUGCUGAACCUAAUAUUUCUCUUGGACUCAUGGAUUGCUCUUUAUAACACAAAAGGCCUCUGCAUCUCAGUAGCUGUAUUCCUUCAUUAUUUCCUCUUGGUCUCAUUCACAUGGAUGGGCCUAGAAGCAUUCCAUAUGUACCUGGCUCUUGUCAAAGUGUUCAAUACUUAUAUCCGAAAAUACAUCCUUAAAUUCUGCAUUGUUGGCUGGGGGGUACCAGCUGUGGUUGUAGCUAUUGUCCUGAUUAUAUCCCCACAUAAUUACGGGCUUGGAUCCUAUGGAAAAUUCCCUAAUGGCUCACCAGAUGACUUUUGCUGGAUCAACAGCAAUGCAGUAUUCUAUAUUACAGUUGUGGGAUAUUUCUGUGUGAUAUUUUUGCUGAACAUCAGCAUGUUCAUUGUCGUCCUGGUUCAGCUCUGUCGAAUUAAAAAGAAGAAGCAACUGGGAGCCCAGCGAAAAACCAGUAUUCAAGACCUCAGGAGUAUUGCUGGCCUCACAUUUUUACUGGGAAUUACUUGGGGCUUUGCCUUCUUUGCCUGGGGACCAGUUAACAUCACCUUCAUGUAUCUCUUUGCCAUCUUUAACACCUUACAGGGAUUUUUCAUAUUCAUCUUUUACUGUGUAGCAAAAGAGAAUGUCAGGAAGCAAUGGAGGCGCUAUCUUUGUUGUGGAAAGUUCCGGCUGGCUGAAAAUUCUGGUAAUGCUUCUACAGAGAGGAAUGGGGUUUCUUUCAGUGUUCAGAAUGGAGAUGUGUGCCUUCAUGAUCUUACUGGAAAACAGCACAUGUUUAAUGACAAAGAAGAUUCCUGCAAUGGUAAAAGCCGUAUGGCUCUCAGAAGGACUUCAAAGAGGGGAAGCUUACACUUUAUUGAACAAAUGUGAUUCCUUUUUUCUAAAAUCAAAGCAUGAUGCUUGAUGGUGUGAAAUGUCCAAUUUUACCUUUUACACAAUGUGAGAUGUAUGAAAAUCAACUUAUUUUAUACUCAGCAACCUCUGGAGGAACAUAAGCUAAUGAAAGGCGAUGGUUACUAUUGGAAGGGGAAACCAAGACAUUAUUGUGACCUUUAGACAUUAGCAAUUUGGUUUCCGAACCUUCAUUUUAAAAGAAGGUUGGUUUUAAACAACACAGUGAGAAUAAGACUUGCAUAAACAAAAACGUAGUUAAUUUCCAGCUACAUUUUAAAGAGGCUAAGUUAUCUUUGAUAACAUCCUAGAAAGCAACUGUUGACUUCAGACUUUUGGUGAGUUUAGUUGUGCAUGCCUUUGUUGUAUAUAAGCUAAAUUCUAGGGACCCACGUGUCAGAAAUCUUACUUUUACCUUUUUUUUGUAUUUAUUUUCUACUAUGUAGAUUUAUUCUUUUGUAGAAUCAUGGUUUUAUUGUUUUGUCUAAUGUGAUAACUCAGAAAAUCCUUACUGAUUCAGUGAAUUCUAAAGCUCCUUUUGGAGAUUAUAUGGAUGUGAAAUACAGA